UAUAUAUUUAUAUUUGUAGAAUAACUAAAGUGUUUUUACUUUAAUUUGAGAGUGUUUGACAUUUUUUUAUGAUUUCUUUUAAUUCUUUGUACAUUAAAUGUAAAGUUUUGCUGUAACAAAACCGAUAUUUUCCUUAAUUUUACAUUCAGCAAUAUUAUGUGUAUGUUUUUUAUUUUCAUUUUCAUUUAACAUUCAAGACCAUUAAGCAAUUGAAUCAUACUGUUAAAAAAAAAGUUUUAAAAUCUGUCCCAUUCAUUUUUAGGUUUCAAUUUCCAUGUUCUGAUUAAUAUUUGUAAUUAAAGUAAUUAACUUCAUGAAAUUUUCAGUCUUGGGCUUUUAUUGUGAAGGGCUCCAGCAGAGAAAAUCCUUGCUGUGAUCUGGUUUCAGAAACUUUUGACAUUUGGUAGAUUUGUGUAUUUUGUGCGAUUGUAUGGCAUCACUUGUGUUGUGUUGCUGCUUAUUGUGAAUGUAGUGUGUCAGCCAUCCAUCCUCUGAAUGCCCUAGGUCUCUAGUUUGUGGUUGUAAAGUUUCAUGAGGCUGUGAUUAUCCUAGAGGUCACAGCAGCUCAUUUUAUACACUGAGCUCAAGUUUCACUCACUGACAUCAUCACACAUGAAGAACAUUGGGCUCAUUGAAUCUACAGGAGUCUCAGCUUUCCAGUCAGACCAGAUUUAUGCAGCUCACAGACUGUUUAGGGACCCCAGGAUGCACAAAGAUUCAGACACAAGAGGACACAAUAACACAUUUUACUGCAGGAGAAACACUGCAUGGGUUCUGCCCCAAACAGCUUCUGAUAAAGUGCAUAAAGUGGGCAUGUCACGUCUAAAAACAGCCCAAAGAUUUAAUAAAGUAACAUUUGAAACAGAAAAGAGAAGUGAGGGACUUUUGGCGGAAACAGAACUUAUUUUCAUUCAGACAUCUGCAGCUCAGUUAUUCACCAGUUUGGAACGAGUCUCAACCUGAAAAACUGUUGUGUUGAAGCUCCGCCCCUCAGCUGAGUCACCUGAGACAAACCAGGAAACAGGCUGUUAUUGUGACUCACUGAGACAAAGAGACACACACACACGUUGAGAGACGGACAAUAAUAUUCAGCUUCAGACUAAAACCUCCACUUUGACUAAAAGAGGACGACUUCAGGAGGUUACUGGGAACACUGGAACAGCUCCACUUCACCCAGCUGCUGAAUCCACAAACUGAACGACAGUUUUACAGGAAAGUGAAAGUAACUUUGAGAGAACAGGGAGUGGCUGAGCUGUUUGUCUGCUGUGUUUUCAGCUUCACUCAGAGACUAAAUGGCUUCCAGAUUAGAGAACGAUCUCUGCUGUUCUGUCUGCCACGGCGUAUUUAAAGACCCUGUCGUCCUGUCAUGCAGCCACAGCUUCUGUAAAGACUGUCUACAGAGCUGGUGGACGGAGAAACCAACCAGAGAGUGUCCGAUCUGUAAUCGAAGAUCUUCAAAGGGUGAUCCACCCUGUAACCUGGUGUUAAAGAACCUGUGUGAGAGUUUCUUACAGGAGAGAGAUCAGAGAGCUUCAGAGGCUCUCUGCAGUCUGCACUCUGAGAAACUCAAACUCUUCUGUCUGGACCAUCAGCAGCCAGUGUGUGUUGUCUGCAGUCACUCAGAAGAACACACCAACCACAGAUUCAGACCCAUCAAUGAAGCUGCACAACAACUCAAGAAGGACCUUCAGGAAACUCUGGAGCCUUUAAAGAAGAAGUUAAAGAGUUUUGAAGAAGUUAAAGUGAAGUUUGAUCAAACAGCAGGACACAUUCAGGUCCAGGCCCGACGCACAGAGACGCAGAUUAAGGAGCAGUUUAAGAAGCUUCACCAGUUUCUAGAAGAGGAAGAGGAGGCCAGGAUGGCUGCACUGAGGGAGGAAGAGGAGCAGAAGAGUAAGGUGAUGAAGGAGAAGAUGGAGGCUCUGAGCAGAGAGAUAGCAGCUCUUUCAGACACAGUCAGAGCCACAGAGGAGGAGCUGAGAGCUGAACACGUCUCAUUCCUGCACAACUACAAGGCUGCAGUGGAAAGAGUCCAGCAGCGCCCCCUGCUGGAGGAUCCACAGCUGCCCUCAGGAGCUCUGAUAGACCAGGCCAAACACCUGGGCAACCUGGCCUUCAACAUCUGGAACAAGAUGAAGGACAUGGUCUCCUACAGUCCUGUCACCCUGGACCCAAACACUGCUGGUACAGCACUCAUCCUGUCUGCAGAUCUGACCAGUGUGAGAGGAGGAGAGGAACAGCAGCUUCCUGAUAAUCCAGAGAGGACUGGUUAUUACUAUGUUCUGGGCUCUGAGGGCUUUAACUCAGAGACUCACAGCUGGGAGGUCCAGGUUGGAGACAAUACAUGGUGGGUACUGGGUUUGUUAGCAGAGUCUGGCCAGAGGAGAGGAGACAUAGAGUCUGGAUUAUGGAGAAUACAGUUCUGUGGAGAUAAAUACUUCUUAUGGUCACCAUCCGAUGGAUUCACUGUUCUCAAAGUGCAGAAGACGUCUCAGAGAAUCAGAGUGAAUCUGGACUGGAACAGAGGAAAGCUGUCGUUCUCUGAUGCUGACACUAACACACACAUACACACCUUCACACACACUUUCACUGAGAGACUGUUUCCAUAUUUUUGGAAUGGGGAUGAUGACAAUCUCCCACUGCAGGUCUUACCAGUGAAGGUCUCAGUGGCUGCAGGACAACAGGAAUAGACGAUCAGCAUCGUCCUGAAGUCUUUGAGGAACGUGUGACCACGUUGUCCUCCUGAUGUUUGUUUCUCCGUCAGUGUGAGGAAAUGAUGUCAUGAUGAUGUCACAUCAAAGACCUGUCAAUCACUCUGUGA